AUGUGGGAUAUUGCAGAGAUUUUCAAGUCUUCUCAGUGUGAGGAAGAAGUAGAAGGUGAGGAGGCCUUGAUGUAUCUGGCAAGGCGCUACAAGGGGCUGACAGUGAAUGCAAGUGCCCAUGCCAUCUUCUUCUGCAAACUUCUUCAUGCCCUCAGGCCGAGCAAGGCUGAGAAGGGUUUGCCAACUUCCUUGGUGGACAACUGCGGCCUGAAGAUAGGGAUCAUCAGUGGGGGCCACCUUGGGAAGCAGCUGGCCCAAGCGCUGCUGACGCUGAGCUGGGCUCCAUGCUGCAGUAUCCGCAUUUCCACCAGGCGCCCGGAGAGCCUGGCACCUUUCGCCUUGCUUAUCUCAGCAGACCUGCAGGAGCAGGGGGUCAAGUGCUUUUACGACAAUGCUCAGCUGGCGGCCUGGGCGGACGUGGUCUUCCUCUGCUGCCUCCCAUCGCAAGUGCUGACUGUUUGCUCUGUUGUUCGGCCUGCAAUCAGGAAACCCUGUGUUGUGUACAGCCUUGUCACCGCUGUCCCUCUCUGCAGGUUGAAGCAACUCCUUUCCUACAGUGCCAUCGUGAGGCCACAGUACCAGUGCUCUGCCAGGGAGCCCAUAAAUGAGUGGGGGAUGAAGGGGACAGUCACAGCUGCACUGCAAGACCCUGCUGUUGUGCAGGCAACGUGCCCCUGCGGUUCCCAAGGAAAAAUCAGAGUCAAUGCCAAGUGGUUGGUGGCCAUUUUCUAUGCAGCCCUGAACAGCAGCAUGUGGCAGAGUCUGCCUCAUCAGAAAGCACUGAAAUUACUCAAUGACCUGUGUUUUCCUGAACAUUGCGCCAUCUGUGCAGAGCAGAAAGCUUCCUGUCCACAGUUCGUGUGUGAGAGUUUUGUCAGCAGAACAUUUGCCUCUUCAAUGACUCUAGAGGAAACCUUCCCCUGGUUUGACCUGACAGCUGCACAAGUGAGAGAAUCUCCCUUUAGCCAGCUAUUAGAAAACAGUGAGUCUGUGCGGAGCCAUCUCGCUCUGCUAUACCAGGAAUCCUUUGGAGACCGGCCUACAGAGCAACAUGGGCUGAUCAGCGCCAAUGCAUCUCUUACUUCAGCUGUAGUGGAGCCUGGUGUGAUGUUGGAUCACAAGUCCUCAUUCUCCACAACUGCUUCUGAGAUCUCAUCAGAAAUCCUGGAGGAAACUACUGACUAUGAUUCUAAAUCCUCAUAAACUAUAAUGGAGCCCAUGAUAGAAUGCUUUGCUGAGAUCCCAUCCCAAAGGGAUGAUAACCCAGAGAUACUGAUAACCCUUUUCCAUCAGUUCCCUCUGCUGGUUUCAUGCGGUUGUAUGUGGUGAAAGAACACACUGUGAGGACUUCAUCUUGCAGGGGAAAAAAUAAUGCCAAGCACCUAAUAAAUAUUUAUUUAACCAUU